UCGCACAUACACACACAGUAUUCAUUCGGGACUCGCUGGAAAUAAUGCUUAGGUCACUUUAUUAUUUGUGCGCUACAAUGAAAAGCACUCCGGCGUGUGUUCGCCUCAACUAAUUGUUGCUUUUCAGACGGGAAUCACUCCCUGCAUGCUUAAAUUACAUCUCUGCAGCAUCCUUGCAGAGUAGCCUCUGCUCGCCGAUUCCAUUUUUUCCCCCGACUGCAUUUAAGCGGUGCCAUCGACGGAACCGGAGACUGGUUCACAAUCACGGGCUCCUGCACCGCAUCCUGGACCGGCAGCGGACGAUCUCUUUGAGCAUGGAGUAAAAAGAUCAUUACGGGAAGAAAAAGUUAGUAGUCGUUCUCCACGCACGAGCAGUGCCCCUGGGUUCGGGUUUAAUGCUUAUCGAAAGGCGUCAGGAACCCAGAGGGUAGGCUGGUGUGCAGAUGAGGAAAACGAUGUCGUGCUCGUCAGCCGCGGCGCUGUUCACCUGGAAUACCUGAAGCGCUCUCUCCUAUGGCACGCAGCAGCAUCAACUUAGAACACUGUUGCAUGUUUUCAUGUUUGAUAUCUGGGCCCCAGUGGCCUAACCCUUAGAUAUUUUAUAUAAGAUCGGUUGCUGUUGAUUGAAAAGCCCGAGUGUCGAAGCAAAACUCGCAGCAGCUGAUCAUAUUUAUAUAUAUAUAUAUCUAAAUAUACUCUACUGUCCCCACAAGAGGAUGCUGCCCGAAGCGCAAUGAUGCCCUGGACUCGAAGGAUUUUCGUGAUCAGUAUGACAUUUAGUUAAAAAAAAAAACAACAACUAAAAAACCAAACUCGUGGACCUAAGGACAGAUUCGACGUUCUUAUUUUUAUUUCCGCCACACGCCAAUUACCUACAGUGAGAUCCGACAUCUGCCGAAGUAGACUUUACGUUUUCAGACUCGGUUCGGGGAGAUGGCUGCGAUCGCCAGCUCCCUGAUCCGGCAGAAACGCCAGGCGAGGGAAUCCAACAGCGACCGGGUCUCGACUUCGAAACGUCGCCCCAGCCCCAGCAAAGACCCCCGCUCUCUCUGCGAGAGGCAUUUCUUGGGGGUCUUCAGCAAAGUCCGUUUCUGCAGCGGCAAGAAAAGACCCGUUCGGCGGCGACCAGAUGCACCCUCGAAACCUCCACAGGUGUCCCAUAAGGGCUGCAGGCUAGAGCCACAGCUGAAAGGCAUCGUGACACGACUGUUCAGCCAGCAGGGCUUCUACCUGCAGAUGCAGCCGGAUGGAACCAUCGACGGCAGCAAGGACGAGAACAGCGACAACACCCUGUUUAAUCUUAUUCCUGUGGGUCUGAGAGUGGUGGCCAUCCAGGGGGUGAAGAGUGGCUUUUACAUUGCCAUGAAUGGCGAGGGCAUGCUCUACAGCUCGGAGGUGUUCACCCCAGAGUGUAAGUUCAAGGAGUCAGUUUUUGAGAACUACUAUGUGAUCUACUCGUCCACUGUGUACCGACAGCAGGAGUCAGGUCGGGCCUGGUUCCUUGGUCUCACCAAGGAGGGACAAGUAAUGAAGGGCAACCGGGUCAAGAAGACUAAGCCCUCAUCGCACUUUGUUCCCAGGCCAAUUGAAGUUUGUAUGUACAGGGAGCCAUCACUGCAUGAGAUAGAGGACAAGCACCGCUCCAGGAAGAGCUCAGGGACUCCCACCAUGAAUGGAGGGAAAGCUGUCAAUCAGGACUCCACAUAGCAUCUGAGGGAGGGGCUUCAAGCAGGGGGGAGAGGCCUCGUCCUGAAUGAAGGAAAGGGGCCAAAGGAAACUUCACCCGUCCCUCCCAAUGUACGCACCACCAUGGCCCGUGACAAACAGAGGGGUUUAUGAUGACAACGAGGAGCUAUUACUGUACACCCAAGACAACGAAAACAAAAACUGAAGUCUUGCCUGUGAAAACCUUUUAGAUGAAUUAAUAUGAAAGAGUAUAUAUAUAUAUAUAUAUAUAUAUAUAUAUAUAUAUGGAGAAGUCAUUUUCAAUCAGGACUUGACCAACAUUUUAUGCAAAAAAGUAUAAAAAAGCUGUGAUAAACAAAGGAAUGGUGGUCUCCCUUCAAGUAAAUACAAGUAUCUGUCAUUUUCGAUUUAUGCUGUGAAAAACAAGCUUUAAUACAUGUUCACUUUUCAUACAUUGAUUUUUUUUCUAAAUGCUAUUCCAUUCUCAUAUGCUUUAUUGUGUUGUUGUCAAUAAUAACUAUACCAUCUUCAUUAUAAUCAUCAUUACUAAUCUGUUGCUCGAUCAUCUCAUUUACUAGCUUUUUGUUUUUGAGACAAAAUAAUUUUUUUAUUACCCUUAUGUGGUUUUUUUUCUCUCACAGUUUGAUCUUGAAUGCACUGUCACACCACUUGCACUGGUGUGAGGGUAAGACUAAAUAUAUUGAUAGUUCUCUUUGCUGGACUUCAAUGGAAACAGAGUGCUUAGGGUGGGAUGUAAUUUACUCAGGUGUGUAUUGUAAGUUAGACUAAUGUGACUAAUAGGACACAAACUCCCAUAUGUUGCCCUGCUGUGGCAGGACGGGACCGAUACAAGCAAUAUAACAGAGUGCAGUCUAGUAUGUCUCAAAAUAAAAAAAACAAAAACAAUAAAGCACUGACAACACAUCUCCAUAGUUGGUGCGUUUGUCAGUAGAAAAGACAAAGAAAGUUGUAUGAGGCAUUAAAAGUUGGAAACGAGUGAAAACCAGUUUUGAUACAGUUUCUGUAUUAUCUCAUCACUUAAAAUGAGCAUUAGGUUAUAAACAAAGAGAUGUCCAAACUUGUCAAAAAUGACAAAGAAUAAUAUUCUCUCCAAAAGCUGAGAGGAUGGUAAUGACCAGCAACAGCACUACGAGCCAUGGCCAAAAACGGUCACUUCGCAUUUGCACCUCGAGAACCACAGACCCCUUUUUCUGCUGUUAGCUAUAACAACAACUCAAAAUAUAACUAUGUAACAGUAGUCGUGCUUUUGAACUAUAUGGACUAAACAUGAAAUAACCUUUGAUUAAAGACUUCUGCAGUUUUUCUACGCAGAAAGAAAAGAAGUGGCAUUUUUUUUGGCAAGCCUGGCCGCGAAGGGUCGUGUUGACUAAUUUCCAGAAAGUUCUACUAUUUCUAUUAUUCUGUUGUGAAAUGACCAGAGACUUUUUCAACACUGGUGGACAGGGUGCCUGACUGUUUAAUAAAUCACUGACCUAACAUGUUGAAAAUUUGUUCAAAAAAUGUAAGGUCACAAUCAUUCAAACUUUGCCAUCACAAUGGAAGCUAAAUGUUUCAUUGAGGAACCAGUACAUCUGGAUUUGGCCAGAUUCGAGGAGGAUGUCUUACCGUCUCAGUGGGAUUUUCUGAAAUGGUAACGCACGCCGUCUCUUAUUCCCACUGGUUUUGUGACCAAGGAAAUGAGCCACUUGCUGCAUUGUGGAGGAAAGUCUCUCUCUUUCAUAAAUCAACAGAUUGACAGGGCUGUAUAAACGAGUUGAGUUGACUGGGACACCACAUACGCUGUGUACGCUGCUGAGCUUAUUCCUAAUCCCCAAUUAGUUUGUCUAACUCAGGAAGUCCUACAGUUGUGCAGUGAAUGGGCCAGACGUAGAGGCUGGAUGUCCACUGUCCAGCACUAGUUGCACAAAGACUGGCACCAAUGUGGUGUUUGGAUUGGGGUUAAUAGUGUUAUUUCUUUUUUACUAUUAUUAAAGAUGACGUACAGCUAAGCCUAGCCAAGUUAGGAAAGCUGAAAAGGGGAAACGGUUGAGACCAAGCAUGACCAUCGCAUGACUGUAGAAGUUGAUGAAAGUUUGGUUUAAGUUUGAGGUGGGAUCCAAGAAGAAUGUCUUUAGAUUUUUGGGAGCAUAUGUCCAAAAUGUUUUAUGCAAUAUUUUGAUCAGUAUUUUAGCGAGAGCUCAUACAUCUCUCCUACAUCUGGUUAGAAACCGGUUGCUAAUUUGGUGAUAUGUACAGUAAAUAGCACACAUUCAGCUGCACGCAGCAAACUGCAGUGGCAUAGGCAUCAUUGUGGAUCUGGGAAAGUCUUCCAUCUUGGACCUGGGUCCGCAGCUGAUGCAAGUUACCUGUAAGAGCUAACAGUAGAUUAGUUCAACUUCCACAGUACCUACUGAAUAACAGUGAUACAUACAGUAUAUUAGACAUGACACUGAAAGUCAGCAGGCAAGACCAGCAUACAAGUAUCUUUAUACAGAGGUUUAUACUGGUGCAUAUGACACAUGUGUGGACUUAAAGCAAUGCAUGAAGUUAAGUGUACUGAAUGUGAACUGUUGACAGAUGAAUGAAAGGAUCUGAGAAAGGAAUGAAUACAUGGAGUCAAAAAUAGCUAAUGUGAGAAAGCAGUAAAGCAAAGCACUUUUUUGUGGGUUUCUUGAUGUGUGAAAGGGGUUAAUAAAGGCUUUGAUUGUAUGAGAUAAUAACUAUUAUUUUAAUAUUUUUAUGUUUGCAGAUGAUUUCACUGCAUUGGAACAUGCUCAUAUAUGCAUUAUGAAUUGUGAGAUGACAAAAAAUAUGCAUUGAUUAUAUAAAAAAAACAGAAUGAAGUUAGUGAUUGUUUAAGA